AAGAACAUCAUGAAUGUAGAUCAACAUGUUUCACAGUAUGUCCAGAUAGUAGAUGAUUUACGGAAAGAAAUAUGUAGUCUAAAGGAAAAGGUGCAAAAAUAUGAAGAGAAGGAGAAGGAAUGGAUAUCCCUGAAAGAGAUUUCAGAAUCUAAAGAUCAGGAUUCAAGUAUGUUGCUUGAGCAACAAAAGGAGUAUGAGUGCCGAAUAGCUAGCAUGGAAAAUGAAAUUAUGGAGCUAAAAGCCAAGAGUGGUGUGGUAACAGAGGUAUCAGAGGAAGAAGCUGAAAUCCAGAGAAAGCUUGUGGAAGCCAGCAGUGAGAGGAAAGCACUCAGACGAGAGAUGUUGCAGUUAGAAAGUUCACAGAGGGAGGUAGAGCUCAAAAUCCAUACCUGUACCAUGCGUCUGAACAGGAUGAAAAUCAUUGCCUUUGCGUCACAACGGCUGGACAAGAGUAUCUCAAAGUGUGAACGCACUGUUCGUAACCUUGGCAUCAGGCUAAGCCAGACAAAGAGACUACAGCAAACUGUUGAAGCCAAGCUGGAUGCCAACUUGGAAAAGCUUCAUGCUGCUCAAAGAGCCUUGAAUCAGUGGGGACCAGGAUCAAGCCAACCAUCUCAUGCUUCUCAGACACUUAUUGACAAGAAUGAAACUGGUCUGGCUUACCGUGACCUUCACCAGCUGGCAGACUACUUGAGAGGAAUGGUGAAGGAAAGUUUCAAUGAACAGAGAGCCAGUGAACAGCUGAUUUGCCAGCUACUGAACACCACUAAACAGUUCUAUGUUCAGCUACGUGCUAGUAACCAAUGUACACCAGAGAUGGAAAAGUACUUUGAGAGUAUUGUAGAGAAAAUGGACGAAAGCAAGAUCAUUUGGGCAGAUCAACACCAGGAAAAUAAAGAGGAGGCAUCCAGUCUCCCAGAAGAGCCGGUAUUAGAUGUGAAUCGCCUGACCAUCUUACCGAUUACAAGCAGUGUGUUCAUAUCCCCAGCUACAAUGGUUGAUCAGAAGAUGUUUAGGAGGUCGAUUAUGAAAUCCAGUAAGAGUACAUCAGCUUUACCAUCAGCAACUCUAAACAUGGGUGAGCCAUCUGGGCUUAACUUGUCGAGUGUGGGUGAGAGCUUUAUCCACGACUCUCCCAUCACUCCUAGAAUAAUGAACAUCCAAAAUACCAUACCUGAUUCUCCUGUGCUCUCUGGCUUUAGUCUUCCAAGUGAAGAUGGCAAAGUGAAAUCAGAAGAACAACGGGCAGAGAACUGUAACCCAGUACCUCAUUCACCUUUUUUUCAACAAACCCCUGAAAAGAGUGAAUCUGUUGAACCUAAAAGCCUAACUAAAGACUUUGGGUUUGUUAGCAUGACUGAAGGAUGUGGUAUUAAUACUUUCAAUGUCACAAGAAACUCGGGCGUGAACCUUGAUAAAACGGAAUUGUUAGAGGACAUUCAGCCUAUUGACUGCUCAAUUAAUGCUACAUUUGCUAUAACACCAGCAAAGAGUCUCAAUACAACAGUUGAUAUACCUACAUGUCUUCCAAGCUUAAAUACUACAAUGGAUAUGCCAGGAAGGCUUCCAACUUUAAACACCACAAUUGAUAUGUCUGCAAAUGCUGCAGGCUUGAAUACUACAGUUGAUUUACCAACCAAGAGUGUCACUGUGGAAAAAUCUACACUGGGAACACUGAGUACAGCCAUUAACAUAUCUACCCUACAGUCUGUUUUAAACACUACCCUUGAAGUUUCAAAGCCUUCACUUGUUACUACCUCUGUUGGAUCAGGUUCUAAUCCAUCCUUGAUAAGGACUACAAGCAAGCCUAAUCUGCAUUCCACCAUGACCUCUCAGCCUUCACUUUUGAAUACAACAGUUGACAUAUCCUCCAAGCCAUCCUUUUUGAAUACAACAAUUGAUAUGACCUCCAAGCCAUCACUUCCAAAUGCUACUGUUGGUCUUACUUCAAAUCCAGCCUUGAAUACUACUAUGGAUAUAGUGUCAAAACCAUGUGGAAGUAAUGCUGGUGAAGCUUCUAAUUCUUGUACUACAAGUACUGAGAGUUCAAUAAAACCUGUGAUAUCCCUCAAGUUGGAGGUGCCAACAAUUCAGUCUAGUAUGUACAACCAAAAUGCUGUAGAUAAAAUAAAACCAUUUGGGGAGACUUAUGCAAAGCUACCAAAUAUGAAUAUCCCAAAUGAUGCCAUAUCGCUUCCUGAACCAGUAACUUUGAAAACAACCUCGAGAAAGUUAUUUACCUCUAAUUUGGACUCUACAUUUUGCGUAGAAGACGACCAAGGAAAACCUAAGGACACAAUUGGAGCAAGUCUAGGUUGCAGUUUUGAAACUUUAAAAUCGCCAGUGCUAAGUAGUAACCAGUUGAGAAGGAUGACAUUUGAGGUACAGCAGCACAGCCCUCUCAUCAAGCCUGUGGAAGUACAACCAGCCAGUGAAAUUCUCAUGCCUCCACCUACAAAGACUGUCAAGGGGAUCUUAAAGAAGACACCACAGAAAACGCCUACACGUGGUACCACACCAGGGAAAGGGACGAUUAUAGGCAGGGGCUUUGGCAAAACUACCACACCUGGGAAAAACAUCACACCUGGCAAAAGUCAAAUCUCAGGGAUGAAGAAGAGCCUGAGCACUUCUGCCCUAGGUCCUUACCAGUCCAAUUCUCUGAGAACCAGCGGUCAGUCAGUGGCUAACAAUAAGCAGAAGUUAGCAGGUCUUGGAGCAGCUCUACGGCGUACUUCAAGCUUCCUAAAGGCAAGAGGACAAAUGAGUAAUCAGGAGAAUGUUCCACCAACUCAGAGGGGGCCAUAUAGAGACACCUUGUCCUCAUCAGCAAAAUCGUUAUCACAUUUUCAGUAUAAGCCAUAGGGAUGGCAGUCAUCUUGCCUUAAUAAAAAUGUAGCUUGGGGUGAGAACACUGAAAAAAGUAAAAUACAACCAGUGAUGAAGACAGAAGAUGUUCUCAAAGAUUUCACCAACAAACAAUGUUUUGGAUCAAAAGUUGGAGGUGGUUUUCUGCAAGAGAAAUUACAAGAGUUUUCCUUUAGUAACAGUGUAUCUCAUAGUGUCAAAGGUUUUGAAAAAGUUGUGGAAAAAAGCAUUAGUAUACAACCUUGGAGUAUGCACGCAAUGCCAUGGACACUUGGUGUGAAUAAUAGAAAAUUAUAUCCAGUGUUUGCUUACUUGCCAAAGUCUUUCUGAUCUCUCAAAUUUCUUUUUUGUAUGCUUGCAUGCACAAGGAUUUGACUGUCUUCUGUUUCCCACCGUUCUAGUGAGAGGGAAGUAAUGUAAUAAUAUAUAGUAAUGGAUGUGUUAUUGUAUUUUCUUUUCUUUUUUUAUAUGAUACUGUAAAUCAUUAAUGUAUGUUUUUAAUGUAAAUAGGAAAUCAGUUUAUAGAAAAGAUUAUUGAAAUCUUACUAGUUUUAUAUGACUUUUUUUUGUAUAAAUUUGACUGUAAAGAAUUAUCAUCAUAACCAUUUUAAAGCAAAUGAAAAUGUGUGAACCUGAAAUGGCUCAGUCCAUAGGUAUCACAUUGACUCAUUUUAUUUCACUAGAUUCACUUGUAAGUGAAAGAAAACUGUAAAUUUAUAUAUGUAUAAGGAAUAUUAAUUACUCUCUAUUCUCUUCUUUCUUUCCACAGAUGUAUUAUCUGUUAAAUAUAUAUGUUACAAAGUGCUAUCUCAAUAAAGUUAAUAAUUUUAA